AGUUCCAUCCUCUUUUAGCAAGGUAUAAAUUCAAACAAUGCCCAAGCAGGUUCUGGACAUCAAGAAUUUCCUCGAAAUCACCCGUAGAAAGGACGCUCGUUCUGCUCGUGUCAAGAAGAACGGUGAACAAUACAAGUUCAAGGUCAGAUGUUCUCGUUACUUGUACACUCUCGUUGUCAACGACCGUCAAAAGGCUUUGAAGCUCAAGCAGUCUCUUCCUCCUGCUCUCAGCGUCCAAGAACUUUAAAUUUGUUGAAACAUUUAACCCUUGUUACUUAAAAACUUUGUUUUUUUUACACAUACAGCUUGUAUCUAAAUAAAGCAAAAAUUGGACACUA